AAGGGAAGAAAAGUGGAAAGGAAAGUACGAAACCUACCUCCACCCAUUAGCCACCUUACGUUACUCUCGCUCCGACGGACUCACGAGCCAGACCGUCGAUCCGCCGGCAGCAGCUUACCGGCGGCGAACCCACACCACGACCUCAGAUCUGCAAAAGAAGACCAAUUAGGGAGCUUUGAGGAGGGAGGGGAAGAGUAUUUAGGGUUUCGUUGCCAUUUCCAUUUGUAUUAUUAUGAAUAAAGGCGUUGGCGGUGGGAAUGGGCCCACGGCGGCUGCUGCGGCGGCGGCAGCUCAGAAGCAGAAAGUGCUUCUCCAGAGAGUUGAAACCGAUAUAGCCAACAUUGUCGACAAUUUUACUCACCUUGUCAACGUCUCUAGGGUGAACGAUCCACCUGUUAGAAAUUCACAGGAAUCCUUCAUGAUGGAAAUGCGUGCCGCCAGAAUGGUUCAGGCAGCUGAUUCUCUGCUUAAGUUGGUGUCAGAACUUAAGCAGACAGCAAUCUUUUCAGGAUUUGCUUCACUAAACGAUCAUGUGGAGCAAAGAAUUGUGGAAUUCAACCAGCAGGCAGAGCAGACCGAUCGUCUCUUAUCUAGAAUUGGUGAAGAAGCUGCUACCAGCCUGAAGGAGCUUGAAUCCCAUUAUUAUUCUUCAACACAGAGGACGAGUCAAAACAUUCUGACAUGAUUAAAACCUAAGGUGUGAAUUAAGUAGAUUAGAGAUAUGAUGUUGUUGGCUUCUAGACUCCCUUUGUAAAUUAUAUGAUAAGAAUUAUUUUGGGAUAAUUAAGGAUAUUAAUAGAAUAGUAAAGGAUAUAUUAGUAAUUAGUUAAAAGGUAUUGGUCAGUAUGGAAUCGUUAUAAAUAAGAGUGAGGAGGAAGAAAUGAAGGUAGGGGCCGGGCAAUUGUUCAAGAGAGGGAACGCCCAAGUACCUUAAAUUACUUAGAGUUAUUGUUGUUCUUCUAUCUUUCAAUCUAUUUAAGUAUUUGGUUCCUAAAUUCCUAUCAUUUUGCUAAAUUGAUAUUUAAGUAUUUGGUUCCUAAAUUCCUAUCA